AUGCCUGCUCAGCGUCGCCGACUGGCAGGCACCGUCGUGCCGGGCGCGCGGACGCACAGACGCGCUACAGACGCAUUCACACGCACGCAUACACACAGAGCGGCAUCUAUUCACACGCGGCACCGGUGCCUCCGUGCGCAGGAACCACGAAUCCGGCUGGCCGGGGUGAAGGGCUGCAAUUGUACGUCUCGCAGUGUCGAGGUCAGGCCAUCUGCGAAGACGGACAGGAUUGUGGACCUGGCCAGACUGGCAGAGGCGGCGACGUGA